AUGCUGUCCGCCGCCAUUCAGAUCCUGGCGUUCGCCCUGGCACUCCUGGGCGUCCUCGGCGCCACCGUGGCCACUUUGCUGCCCAACUGGAAGGUGAGCGUCAACGUCUGGUCCAGCGUCAUGACCCCCAUCUCGCAGAUGCAGGGUCUGUGGAUGGACUGCGUCUGGUACAGCUCCGGCGUCUUCAGCUGCACCAUGAAGAACUCGGUUUUGUCACUGCCGGCGCAUCUGCAGACCAUGCGGGCCGCCAUGGUGCUGUCCUGCAUGGUGGCAGCCUUUGGACUCUGCCUCGCCUCCCUGGGGCUCAAAUGCACCCGCUGGGGGGGCAGCCACCGAGCAAAGGGGCACACGGCCAUCGCGGCGGGGGGCUGCUUCAUCCUGGCCAGCCUCCUCUGCCUGGUGCCCGCGUCCUGGUUCACCAACGAAGUCAUCACCGCCUUCCUGACCACGGACCUGCCGGACAGCAGUAAAUAUCAACCCGGUGGAGCUCUGUGUGUGACGUUCAUCUCUGCUGGCUUCCUCUUAGCUGGAGGAGUCAUUUUUUGCCUUUCGUGUCCCGGAAAAAGAUCGAGACGGCCGGACUACGCUUCCCCCACCGACCCUGACAGACUUGUGCCGUGCCGAGACGAGCAGCGGAGGCGGGAGCCGCAAGCCGAGCAGCCGAAAACCAGGCAACACAAAUGCGUCCAACUGCAGAUGGACGAGGUGAAGCAGGAGAAAGGUAAAGUGGAGCAGGAGCAGAAGCUCUACUCGUCUCCCUCCAAACUCCCUCAAAAAGACAUCAAGGACAGCUACAGCCUCCAGGAGUAUGUUUAG